GGGUUAGUAGGGAAGUGAAUGAAGGCACUCGAAUUUUCUUAAUGCUUUCUCUGCGUGCAAGCCAACCUCAUCCAUCAUCUUGUACGGCAAAACCCAUCAUUACUACAUUACCCUUCUCUCUCUCUCUCUCUCUUGGGAUUGCUUUAUAUAUAACUACUCCUACGCCUGUGGUUUUCUAUUACCUCACUUCUUUGCAUGACUACUUCCUAAACUCUUCUCUUCUACACUUUGCUCUCUACCCUCUUUCUUUCUCUUUCUUUUUCCCUUCCCUCAAGUACUAUCAUACACAAACACAAGGUACUUCACAUACCCACAUACACACACAUAAGCAAAAACUCUUACUUCCCUUUUUCAAGUUCUUAAACUCAUCACUACUUAACUCAGGAGUGUGCAUAUUUUCGUUGUAUGGAUGGAUCCUUCUAGUGGACAACACCAGCAAAUGUCUAGCCAGUCAUUGGAGAACAUGUUGGCAUGUUCAAAAGCCCACCAAGAGAGAAAACCAACGCCUCAGCCAGAACAAGCUCUAAAGUGCCCCAGAUGUGACUCCACCAACACCAAAUUCUGCUACUACAACAAUUACAGCCUUUCCCAGCCAAGGUACUUCUGCAAGUCAUGCAGGAGAUAUUGGACCAAAGGAGGUACACUUAGGAAUGUCCCUGUGGGAGGAGGGUGCAGGAAGAACAAAAGGUCAUCAUCAUCAUCUUCAACAUCAAAGAGAGUUCAAGAUCAAGCAUUCACACCAAAUGUUAACCCUCUCACUGGCCUUCCUUCAUUAAUGUCUUAUGACUCCAAUGACCUCACUCUUGCAUUGGCAAGGCUUCAAAAGCAGUCAUGUGGGCAAUUAGGGUAUGAUGAUCAUGAUCUUUCAAUGUUGGGGAACCACCACACAAGCACCCCAUGUGGUGAUAAUAUCCUUGGCAUGCAUCACCACUCAUCAUCCUCAUCCACAAACCCAGGGUUCUUGGAUGCCCUCAGAAGUGGGUUCCUUGGAACACAAAGUAAUAAUAAUAUGCAUCAGAAUAUGUACUAUGGAUAUGGGAAUGGGGACAUGGGGGAGGUGGACAAUGGUGGUGGGGUUGGGGUUAGUAGUAGUGGAGAGAUGAUGAUGAUGAUGAUGCCUUAUAAUAAUGAUCAAGAAAUGAGUAUUGCAUCCACACAGGCAGUGACAGUCACCACCAUGAAGCAAGAGAUUUGCAACGGAAGGGAACAAAAGGUGUUGUGGGGUUUUCCAUGGCAACUCAAUGGAGACACAAACAUGGGUGAACUUGACUCAGGAAGAGCUAGUAAUUGGAAUGGCAUCAAUUCAUCAUGGCAUGGACUUCUCAACAGUCCCCUAAUGUAGACAACAACCACAGGGCCUCUACUACUGAUAAUUUUAUUUCCUUAAUUUCUCAUGUUUUGUUUUACUAAAAAUGUUAUUAGUCUAAUUAGGAUUUUCAAUAUCCUUUUGAGUGCUGGGUUAAUUAAUUACAGGGGUUUGGUUGAUUCCCUUGAAUCAUCUCUUUUCUUUCUUUCUUGUUUUUUUUUCUUCUCUUUUUGCCCCUUAAAUUGUCAAAUUUUUUGUACUACUACUGUCUUUUAAUUGGUGAAUAGACUAAUGAAAUUUCAGAAAGGUUGUUUGCUAACCAAGUCAA